AUGAGUAUUUCAAUGCCUAUUCCUGUCAUAGGCCUUCACGAUGAGUCCAAAGUUUUUGUUAACGGAAGCUGUGUCCUAAACGAAGAGAACUUUGUUCUCAUCGGGUCCUUUGUGGCUUUCUUCAUCCCCCUCAUCAUCAUGGUGUUCACAUACUGCCUGACUGUUAAGGUUCUACAGAGACAGGCCACUGUGUUUUCACAUGAGGAGAACCCUAAACAGAAAAGGAGAAGCAGCCUGAACUGUCUAAGGAAGGAUGCCAGCCAGACUCCCUCUGAUAACAUAUCCAUAAUACACAGCCCAGAAGGACCUUCCCAGUUAAACUCUCCCCUCAACAGAGAGCAGAGGACGGGUCGCAAGGGCAUGAUGCAGGCCAUUAGGAACGAGCGCCGGGCCUCCAAGGUUCUGGGAGUGGUCUUCUUUCUGUUCUUGCUCAUGUGGUGCCCGUUCUUCAUCACUAACGUCAUGUCUGUCCUUUGCAAAGGAGCUUGUGACGGAGAACUCCUUGGGGAGCUACUCAAUGUGUUUGCCUGGGUGGGCUACAUUUCUUCGGGGGUCAACCCCUUGGUUUACACCCUCUUCAAUAAAACCUACCGGCGGGCAUUUUCCAGUUAUAUCUGCUGCCACUACAAGAACAGUAAAAUGCCCUUGCAUGGCAUGCAGCAGCCGCACAGCCUCACUGCCACCAUCUACGAGAAAGACAUCAACCUCAGCUACAGAAAUGGGAAUGAGCUAAACAGCAUGGAUCAGGACGACACUGACGAAGUGCUGGAAAUGCAAUCAGGUACCUUGGAAGUAUCUAUUAACAGCUGCAACAUCAUCAGUGAUAGAAUCAGCUGUGUGUAG